AUGACAGAUAUGCAGUUGCCUUUGUGUAUUUUAGUUUGUUUUGUGUUAACAACACUGAUUUAUGGGAAACCAAUUCGUCAAAUCGAAGAGGCACCACUUCGAGUGUUCUUUCGACAUAUAGAUUUAAAUGCAAAUGAUGAACUUGAUGCCUAUGAAUUACAACAUUAUCUUCACGACAUCGAGCCCGACGAUAAUGUUCCAGAUCUUAAACACGUAAUUCGUACAAUGAAACGUACAAUGAAGCAAGUAGCAAAUGAGCAUGAACAACACUUCAGUAUCUCUUGGCAGCAAUUCCAUGACAAUUUUAUUGAACUGGAUUCCCUCACCGAUAAUAACACCCCGCAACAAAUUCAUCUAUCGUUACUUGCCGAUGGUACUUGGUCUUCUAUGGUCGUUAUCUGGAUUUUAAAAGGUAUUGGUAGUGAACACCAGCCGCCAUCCUUUGUUCGAUACGGAACCGUCAGCGGUAGCUAUAUCUAUACACAAGCAGCUACAAAUCGUACCUAUGAUGUUGGAAUUGGUGGAUGGAAAGGAACGAUCUAUGAAGCUAGGAUGAUAACCUUACAACCGUGUCAAAUAUACUACUACAGAGUGGGAAACGCUAAAGCUUGGUCGGAGGAGUUUAGCUUCAAGACAGAUUGUUCUAACGUUUCGACACGUGUAUUUGCUGUGAUGGGUGAUAUGGGUACUGUUAUUCCAGCUGGACAUCUUGUAGCUAAACAGAUCACGGAAGAUCAUCGAACUACUCCGUUCACAAGUGUUGUACACGUCGGUGAUAUUAGUUAUGCCGGCACUGGCUCGUCAGAAGAAAUUGCCGAAGUUUGGGAUAUGUGGGGAAGACAAGUCGAGCCAAUCUCAUCGAUAGUACCAUACAUGACCAAUGUUGGUAACCAUGAAGCUUAUUACAAUUACACAGCUUAUCGAAACCGAUUUCGCAUGCCUGGUCCUGAAAGUCUUGGUUUGGAUAACUUUUGGUUUAGCUUCAAUACCGGACCAGUUCAUUGGAUAUCGAUGAGCUCACAACAUGACUACAGCAAAGACAGCGUUCAAUAUGCAUGGUUAGUCAAUGAUUUGAUUAAAGCCACCCAAAAUCGCGCCCAACAACCAUUUAUCAUCGUUGUUACACAUAGACCAUUAUUGUGCUCAGACGAAUCCGAACUCGAACAACAUCUACCAAAUUCCACGUUAUUCAAAACAGUUUAUUCUCUCUUCGUCAAAUAUCAAGUACAAUUGAUUAUUACAGGUCAUAUGCAUGUAUAUGAACGAAUAUUCUAUGACAAUACAACGAUUAUCACUAACAAUACAUACACCAACGUUCGUUCUCCUGUGAUUGUUGUACAGGGAACUGGCGGAGCAUUGGAUAAUGAUAAAUGGAUACAGCCUCAACCUUGGUGGAGCAAAUCGCGAAUGAUUGCCUAUGGAUAUGGACGUGUUACUGUUUCUGUUAAUGAGACGCAACGACGUCUUCACUAUGAAUGUCUACUUGAACAUGAUCGAAGUGUUUUUGAUCAAUUUUCAAUUGUGAUAUGA